AUGUUGCAGCAGGACAGUAAUGACGACACUGAAGAUGUUUCACUGUUUGACGCGGAAGAGGAGACAACUAACAGAUCGAAAAAAUCCAAAAUCAGACACCCAGUGGCAUCAUUUUUCCAUUUAUUCUUUCGAGUCAGUGCAAUUAUAGUCUAUCUUCUCUGUGAAUUGUUCAGCAGCAGCUUUAUUGCCUGUAUGGUGACAAUUAUCUUGUUGUUGUCAUGUGACUUUUGGGCAGUCAAGAAUGUCACAGGUAGACUAAUGGUUGGCCUGCGCUGGUGGAAUCAUAUUGAUGAAGAUGGAAAAAGCCAUUGGGUGUUUGAGUCCCGGAAGGCCUCCCCUCAAGAGGGUAAGACCGUCUCCGAGGCUGAAUCAAGGAUCUUCUGGUUGGGACUCGUUGCCUGUCCUGUGCUGUGGGUGGUCUUUGCCUUCAGUGCCCUCUUCUCUUUCAGAGUAAAGUGGUUGGCGGUGGUUAUCAUGGGCGUGGUGCUGCAAGGGGCCAACCUGUAUGGCUACAUCAGGUGCAAAGUGGGAAGCAGGAAGAACCUAACCAGCAUGGCCACCUCGUACCUUGGGAGGCAGUUUUUAAGACAAACAGCUGGCGACACUCAGACCACCUCAGGAGAGUGA